AUGAGGUACGACUUACUGCUGAAUAAUUGCCUUUAUGAUGAAGCAUGUGAGCAAAACACCGUGACCAUAACCCAGAAGACCUACGAUGUUUCUUCAGAAAUGAGAGGUCAUCUGUCCACCUUGAAUGUUAUGAGAUCAGAGGUGAGGAGCCAGCUGGAGAGCAUCUCUGCGCGUGUCGAGCGUGUGGAGAGAGAGCUGGAAUAUCUCGAAAACAAGAUGCCCGCCCAAUCUGACAUUGAGAUGGAGGAGGCACUGCUGGAACAACAGAUAAAAGCAGCAGAACUGGAUCAGCUCAAGAGAAAGGCUAAAAUCAAAGUGGAAAAUGAUUGCAACGUAGCCUUGAGUCAAAUUAAGUCGCUCAAAAUGGUGAAGAAGAUGGGGGAUAACGCGGGCUCCUGGUUCAAGGACCCUGCUGCUGGAGCAGCCAAGGUCUACCUGCUGAGUGGAAUUCGUAACGACACCCUACUGGAAUACGCAUCUCUCCAAAGCUUCUCGGAGAAAAUCGCCGUACCCCCGUUCAAAGUGGUCAGGCUGCCUUUUUCAUGGCAGGGAACAGGCCACUUGGUCUACAAUGGAUUCCUCUACUACCACAAAGCAGACACACCCAACCAGAUACUAAAAGUUGACCUGUCGAAUGGCACAGUGGUGGACAGCACCCUUCUUCCAGGUGCUGGUCGCCUCCCAGUGUACAGCUUGAAUACCAACACCUACUUGGACAUGGCAGUGGAUGAACUCGGUCUUUGGGUCAUUCAUGCUGACCCAGAAUAUGGAGGAAACUUGGUUCUAACUAAAUUGGAUAAAGGAAACCUGGCAGUAGAGUACAUCUGGGAUACACAGUGUAAAAGUCAAGAUGCUGAAGGAGCAUUCAUAAUAUGUGGGACUCUUUAUGUUGUCUACAACACACACUAUGGUGGACGGUCAACUGUACAGUGUCUCUAUGAUAUUCACGACACCAUCCACAGCACUGAAAGUCCUGUGGUGUUCUUCCCAAAACGCUACACAAGCCACAGCAGCAUCCACUACCACCCUGGAGACAAACAGCUGUAUGCUUGGGAUGAUGGCUACCAGACAUUAUACAAAGUGGAGACACGCAUCAAUGAUCAAAUUCCAGAUGAAUGAUAGUUUGUUUUCCUUAAACAGUGAUCAUACUCCAACCAAUUAUUACACACCAUAAGUAUUCACAUAUCAAAUUCAUGUAAAUCACUCUUUUCUCCUUGUACUGCCAAUAGGUCAAACAAAGGUUACAUUUUGUAUCUCAAAAAUAAAGAGCAUUAAAAGGCA